AUGGCCGAAGGAGUACUUCUCAUCAUUCUUGCAGGAUUCGUUGCAAACGUGGCUUCCGAACCUUUCCAAUAUAUCAGACUGCCCUUCUGGUUUAAGGGUGAGCUCCGAAAACUUGAGGACACCAUUACCAUGAUCAACGCUGUGCUUCUUGAUGCAGAGGAGAAGGAAGAUACCAACAACCAAGUCAAAGUGUGGCUUGAAAGUCUCGAAGAUGUUAUCUACGACGCUGAUAACUUGGUUGACGAGUUUCGCUACCAACAACUACGCCGCAAAGUGCUUUUCGGUAAGAAAAGGGCAAAGAAGGUACGCAUUUUCUUCUCGAGAUCAAACCAACUUGCUUUUAGAGUGAAAAUGGCUAACAAAAUUAAACAAAUUAGAGAGAAAUUAGAUGAAAUUAAAGCCAAUCAGGUAUUUUCUCAAUUAGAUAAGUGCGAACAUGGAGAGACAAGGACUUUCUCCUCUAUAAUGAGUGGGAGGGAGACUCACUCAUUUGUAACGACUGAUGAAGUUAUUGGGAGAGAUAAUGAUAAAAAAGAGAUACUAGAUUUUUUAUUAGGCAACAAUCUUGAGGCUAAAGAAAGUGUGACCACUGUUUCCCUAGUUGGAAUUGGCGGAUUAGGGAAAACCACACUAGCUCAGUUAGUUUACAAUGAUGAAUUUGUCAAAAAGAAUUUUGAGAAAACAAUAUGGGUUUGUGUUUCUGAUGUUUUCGAUUUGAAGUUACUUAUUCAAAAAAUUAUUAGAUCCGUAGAUAAUACUAGCCCAGAUCAAAACCUUGACUUGGACCAGCUCCAAAAUCAGCUUAGACUAAAAAUACAAGAUAAAAGAUACCUUCUAGUAUUAGAUGAUGUUUGGAAUGAGAAUAGUGAUCAAUGGGAGAAGUUAGAAACAUUCUUAAAGCUAGGUGCACAGGGCAGCAAAGUUUUAAUAACUACUAGGAGCAUAAGAGUUGCAGAUAUUGUUCAUUCGACUAAAACAUACAUGUUAAGUGGUUUGGACAAAAACAAGUCUUGGGCGUUAUUUGAGAGAGUAGCAUUUAGGGGAAUAAAUAAGAGAAAUUCUCAGUACCACGGCCUUGUAGAAGUGGGAAGGGAUAUUGUGGAUAAGUGUAAAGGAGUUCCUCUUGCGAUAAAGACAAUAGGGAGACUUUUGGAAUCAAAGAUACAUUCCUCGCAAAAUCCUGAAAAAGAGUGGGUUCGUUUUAGGGACAAUGAACUUGCAAAAGUAGCUUUUCAAAAUCAUAGUGAUAUUGUGCCUACACUUAAGCUGAGUUACAAUAGUCUCCCAUCACACUUGAAGCAUUGUUUUGCUUACUGUAGCUUAUUUCCAAAGGAUUAUAGGAUCAGCGUACAACAACUAAUAGAAAUUUGGAUAGCACAGGGAUUUAUUAUAUCUGAUAGCUCUAGUACUAGGCAACUAGAAGAUAUUGGUUAUGAGUAUUUCAUGAUUUUAUUUUGGGGUUGCUUUUUCCAAGAAGCGGAAACAAGUGAGUUGCCAUCGAAUACCAUAGAGUAUUGUAAAAUGCACGAUCUCAUGCAUGAUCUUGCAAGUCUAGUGGCUGGUAAGAGCAUAAAAAUAUUUGAUGUCAAUACUAGUAAUAUCGAGUUAGCAAAAAAUGCUUUUGAAAAGGUUUGUCAUAUAUCUGUACGUUUUGCAAAUAAUAAUAGCUCAUGCCAAAUUCCAAAACUGUUGUUUGAACAAAAAAAAAUGCGCACAUUUAUUUUACGCGAUGCAGAAAGUUUGAGUUCAUCAUGUCGUGAUGAUAUUGUGUCAAACUUUAGGCUCCUACGGGCAUUGAGUCUCCGUGGUAUAAAGACUUUGCCAAAGAGCUUGGGUAAACUAAGUCAUCUUAGGUUUCUUGAUCUUUCAUUCAGUGCUAUUGUGGAGCUUCCAAGUUCCAUAACAGAGCUGUAUUAUUUGCAAACACUAAAACUCCGUCAAUGUACAAGUCUUCUAAGUUUGCCUGCAAAUUUACAAAAUCUAAUCAAUUUGAGGCAUCUUGAGAUUGGUGGUUGUGAAAAGUUGACUCAUAUGCCUCGUGGAAUUGGUGAAUUGUCGUCACUUCAAUCAUUAGAUAGAUUUAUAGUGGCAAACAACAAAUCAAGUGAAAGUGCUGCUGGAUUUGAUGAACUGAGCAAGCUUAACAACUUGCAUGGAGGUUUUUUAACCAUUGAGAUACGGGGACUUGGUGAAUCAAAGGCUGCUAAAUGCUUAACGGACAAGGAACAUCUUGAGUCCUUAAUGCUGGCUUGGGUAGUAGAAGAAUCGAUGUGGAAUGCUGAAGAAAUAUUUGAUCGCUUAGAGCCACCUCAAAAUAUAAUAGGCAUAAUAGUGUUCCACUAUCCGGGUGAGACAUUUCCAGCUAAUUGGUUUUCUUCGCUCACCGAUCUUGUUCGAUUGGAACUAAAUGCUUGUCAAAACUGCAAAUAUCUGCCACCACUGCACCAUUUAUCCUCCCUUGAGGAACUUACUUUAGACGCUUUGUCAGCUCUAGAGUACGUUUCAGAAAAGGACAAUCAUGAUUGGAGCAGAGGUGACCAACCCGAGCCCUUAUUCCCAUCCUUGGUGAAACUCAAUCUCAUUGAUUGUGGUAAUCUGCAGGGAUGGUGGAGGGGAGAAACAGAGGAUUUUUGUGAAGCACUAACACCUCACCAACAACUUUAUUUUCCUAAGCUUUCAAUAGUAAACAUAACCCGUUGCCCUAUUCUAAAUUCCAUGCCCCCGUUUCUGAAUCUUGAAGAGCUGAGUCUAUAUGCGACAAGCUCUAAGCCUCUAGAAAGGAUGAGUAGGAUGAAAUUGAAAGUAUAUGAUAGUGUUGAAGAAACAUUUUCAGCAUCUUCCUCCUCCAUCCCUUCCUCUUCCCCUUCCGCUCUCUCUAAAUUGGAGUAUUUAUCUGUUAAGUAUGUUGACGAUUUGGAAUCUCUACUGUCAGAGGCACAAAUACACAACCUCGCAUCGCUACAGUAUCUUGAAAUUGAAUCAUGUUCAAAGUUAACCCUAAUUCCCAAUGGGAUUGGCAGCCUCUCCUCGCUUACAAGUCUUGAAAUUAGCGGAUGUAGCAAUUUGACUUCAAUUCCUAAUGAGAUAGGAAGCCUCUCCUCGCUUACAAAUCUUGAAAUUAGCGGAUGUAGAAAUUUGACUUCAAUUCCUAAUGAGAUAGGAAGCCUCUCCUCGCUUACAAGGCUUGAAAUUAGCAGAUGUAGCAAUUUGACCUCAAUUCCUUAUGAGAUAGGCGGCCUCUCCUCGCUUAGAGAUCUUGUAAUUGACGAGUGUAGCAAGUUGACCUCAAUUCCCAAUGGGCUAGGCUGCCUCCCAGCUCUCAAGUCUGUUAACUGGAGGCCUUGCACUGAAAUACCAAUGGACGCAUUGGCUGACUUCCUUCUGAGGAAAAACUCUCCUGCUCCACAACAUGUAUGA